AUGCAUAAUUUCUUUUCUGCGACCAUGAUGCGACAAAAUGAAUUACCGUUAACUAAAAUCGAUUCUUUAUCCAAAGAAAUUGAAUGUAUAAUGUGUUUGGAUGUAGUCAAUGAUUCUCGUAUGUGUAUUCACUGUUCAGCUAUUGUUUGUGUUCAAUGUAUUGAAAGUUGGCUCAAGGUACAGAGUAUAUGUCCAAAAUGUUUACAUCUGGUGGAAGAAACUGAUUUUGUGAAAUGUCGAUUAGCGAAUAAGCUUGCCGAUUUUAUUGAAGUGUCGAAAGACGAUUAUUCAAAACAAUGUGUUUCCACUAAUGAACAAAACAUCGACGUUAAUUAUAGAGAAAUAAUGACGUUAAACUCAAAACUUCUCGAUUUUUUUCGUAGAAGAUGCAAAGAUUACGGAGAAAAUCUUGCAAAAAUUGAAUCAGCUACUCAAACUUUGCUCAACGAUAAAAAAGAAAUAGACGUGCAAGAACCCCUCGAUGCUUAUCAAAAAAAGAGGCAAGCUUACACAGAUGCAAUUAGAGAUGAUAAGUUAUUGAUCGAUAAUAUGGAAUAUCGCCUUCGUGAAAGUCAAACUUUAUCUGAUCAAGAAGAAAUUCUCCAAAUUCUUCAAAAACAUAUUCCGUCCAAAGUUCAAUUCAAAGAUCAUUAA